AUGCGCCCGCAUCUUGUAGAAGACCGAGGAGGAAUCUUAUGGCGUAAUGCCUCUCUGGAAGAAAAAGAGGUCUACGAGAGACUUGCGGAUCAAGUGAAUGAGAUUCACGUCCAAAGACACACCGUUUUGUAUCGACAGCAGCAGCAAGCCCUCCUCUCUGCUUCUUCUUUAUCUCACACGAAC